CCCAACUCGGCCGUCUGUCUGUUCCAAAUCGGGUGUCAAUCCAUGCUCCCAUUACUGACCCGGUGCCCGUCUUCAAGAAUCUAGACGCGCUCUCGCUUCCCUUUCCAUCGUAUAUACCGACCUCACUUCAACGCCGCCCUCCCUCGACUCUCCACCCUAUAUUUAGUCCCAUCUCGACAACGACAGACAUCCCAUUCUCCCCGCCCGUCUGAUCUCAACUUCAACCGCGCCCUCCAAUCUGUCCGCCACUAAUACCUCAAUCUCCUGGUCCUGUCCAAGAAAGCCACGACGAGCCAUUAUCGCCGAGCCUCCUCGAUCCUGCAUCAUUUGUACCUGACCCAACCCUCGGAAGUCUGUUCACUUUUAUAUCCAGUCGCCCAUCAUGUCUGGAUACCCCGGCGCGGGUUACAAUGGAGGAGGCUACGUCCCGCCGCCUCAACCACAAUAUGGCGGCUACUACCCUCCUCAACCCGCAUACAAUGCCUAUCAGCAGCCGCCUCCUCAGCAACAACCCUACAUGGGUUAUCAUCAGCCUUCGCCUGGUCCCCAGCAACAACAGUACUGGAAUCCACAGCAACAGACGCCCACACCACAAGGAUAUGGCAAUACCCCCAAUUCCCAUUACGGCAGACCUGAUGCGAACAUGCCAACGGUGAAUUCGAAUUCGUACGCGCAUGGGAACCACCAAGCUCCUCCGCCUCCUCCUCAAGCGCCUCAGCAGUUUGGAUAUGGCGCUCCAGCGGACUACGCCUUCCGAUAUUCGCAGUGCAAUGGCCGACACAAAGCUUUGCUCAUCGGCAUCAACUACUUCGGUCAGCGUGGCCAGCUGAGAGGAUGUAUCAACGACGUCAGGAACAUGUCAUCAUAUCUAGUUGAGCAUUUUGGGUACAAGCGCGAGGAUAUGGUUAUUCUUACCGAUGACCAGCAAAAUCCCAUGAGUCAACCUACCAAGCAGAACAUCCUUAGAGCGAUGCACUGGUUGGUCAAGGAUGCUAGGCCCAACGACUCAUUAUUUUUCCACUACUCCGGACACGGAGGCCAAACCAAAGAUCUUGACGGCGACGAGGAGGAUGGGUACGACGAAGUCAUAUAUCCAGUUGACUUCCGACAAGUGGGACACAUCACCGACGACGAAAUGCACCGCAUCAUGGUAACACCGUUACAAGCUGGCGUUCGGCUGACCGCUAUCUUCGACUCAUGCCACUCGGGAACUGCGCUCGAUUUGCCGUAUAUCUAUUCAACUCAGGGCAUUCUCAAGGAGCCCAACCUGGCCAAGGAAGCUGGCCAAGGUCUUCUUGGUGCUAUCUCAUCCUACAGCCAAGGCGAUCUCUAUGGCGUGGCGAACAACAUCAUGGGGAUUUUCAAGAAGGCCACCGGCGGUGGCGAUGCCCAUGCAAGAGCAUUGGCUACGAAGACGUCACCCGCCGAUGUUGUUAUGUUCUCCGGAAGCAAAGAUGACCAGACCUCAGCCGACGCCACAAUUGCUUCACAAGCUACAGGGGCCAUGUCCUGGGCUUUCAUUAACGCCCUCAAGAAGAACCCCCAGCAGAGCUAUGUCCAGCUGCUCAACAGCAUCCGAGACGAACUGCAAACGCGUUACACACAGAAGCCUCAGCUGUCGUGUAGCCACCCUCUUGAUACGAAUCUCCUAUUCGUUAUGUGAAGAAACCGAAAAAAAAGAAGUGUAUACCAACAAUCGGUCGCUAGGAAUCAUUUUCUGUUCAACAGAAAAAGCGUACCGAUUUGCGGUCGACUGGUCGACACGCCUGGGUAAGGUAUCACUAGGGAAAGAUGGCGACCGACUCGCCAGGUCUUUUGUGGGGUGUUGGGCAUGAUCGGGACCUGAAAAGUGAAUGUUGAUAUGACGAAGGUUGGACCGAGGUUGUUGGUGGUUUUAUCUUGUCUGCCAUUUGGUUGGUUGGCUAGGGAUGAUAAGGCAAUUAAGUGGACUGUGUCUUAGUCUUUGGGUACCUGGAAGGUCACCUUGUCUCUUCUAUUUGGAUAUAGAUACAUAUAACCACUUCCGGUCCUAUCA